UAGGAUUUGGCCAUAAGGCUUUGUCAUAGGGUUUUGGGGAUGUUUUCCAAGUGCUGGUCACGUGACUUGCUGUUACUAAUAUACCCUGCUGCCACCACCGUAGCGUUGUAGAACUAAGCCAGUAAGCGUUUCCAAGGAAUCGUGAGAAUGGCUGGUUCAAAUACCUCAAAUGGGAAAUUACCCAAAAAAAUGUCGUGUUUUAUUUGCGGCAACAUAUACCAAGACGAGAACAGACGAGUUGGUCUGUUUCAUGUACCGAAGAAGAACUUUUCCAGUUGGAAAUUUGUGCUACCUGAAUUGUUGGAAAAAUCAAGACUUUGUGACAUCCAUUUUGACAAAUGUGAUGUAUUGAAAGGAAUCACAGUUGGUAAGGACUUUUAUCCAUAUGACAGAUGGAGAUUGCUUCCCUCAGCAAUACCAAAACAUUUACUGGUAAAACAAAGUGCAGCUGCCAGUCGCACUCAAAGUCGCACACCUUUGAAAGACAUUUUUAGUGUGAACCACACAGGGAAUCAACCUACGAACUACUUUCCACCAAAAAAACGUAAUAGUAAAGGAUCUACAUCAAUAUCACAGACUCCAGAAAACAAGAUAGCAAUGGAUGAAGAUGAAGAACAUUCUAUUGUAGGAUGUGCUAUCGAGAACACUCCAGAAAACAAGAUAGCAAUGGAUGAAGAUGAAGAACAUUCUAUUGUAGGAUGUGCUAUCGAGAACACUCCAGAAAACAAGAUAGCAAUGGAUGAAGAUGAAGAACAUUCUAUUGUAGGAUGUGCUAUCGAGAACACUCCAGAAAACAAGAUAGCAAUGGAUGAAGAUGAAGAACAUUCUAUUGUAGGAUGUGCUAUCGAGAACACUCCAGAAAACAAGAUAGCAAUGGAUGAAGAUGAAGAACAUUCUAUUGUAGGAUGUGCUAUCGAGAACACUCCAGAAAACAAGAUAGCAAUGGAUGAAGAUGAAGAACAUUCUAUUGUAGGAUGUGCUAUCAAGAAAAGUAAUGCACCUGAAAAAAAUUCCCCUAAAAGCAAUUUCAUAGAGAAUGACAAAGAUGGCAUGGCAGAUUUUAUUUUCAAAAAACAUACGAAAAAGAAAUGUCAAAUAAGACUGCCUACGAAUUGCAAAACAUGCCAAAUGGAAAAAACUGGUCAGUGCUCAUCCUGUGCUAUUGUGGAGCUUAAACAGCAAGUCAGAGAGAAAGACAAACAACUAAUAACCGCCAAAUGUUAUCGAACAAGAUCAGAGACUCAUUUAAAGUGCCUGAAAUUGAAACUUAAAGAAAAUCGCAAAAAAUUAAAUACCUGCAGACAGAAAUUGUUGCGAAUGAAGCGUUAUGGGCAGGAAAUUGUGGAAACCCUUGGAAAUCUAAAAGAAAAAAUUACAACCCUUACUGCCAAUCAAUUGGAUGAACAAAUAAAAUUCCUCAGUCACGGAGAGAGAGUUAUCAUCAACACCUUUAUUUUGAAGGGGAAAGCUGAACUGCAAGCUACAUCUGGAAGAUCUCAUUCCAUGAAAUAUGACAGUGGUUUUUUAAUGCAAUGCCUACUCCUGAAGUUAAAAAGCAGCUCGACUUAUACUCAUCUGAAGAAUAACAACAUCCUACCUCUUCCAAGUUUGUCAACACUCCGACGGAGGCUAAGUUCAUCUGAAUGCAAGUAUGGUUUUAAUGAACUUGCGUUGCAAAACAUGAAGCAGGCGUUAGAAAAUUUACAAAACUGGGAACGGUGGGGUAGCCUGAUGUGGGACGAGGUGUCGCUUAAAAAAGACUUGACAUGGCAUGCAACAAGAUUGGAGUGGCAUGGGAUAGUAGAUUUCGGUGAGGACAUAGAAGCGCCUAUAAAAAACGGAAUAGCAACACACGCUCUUGUUCUGAUGUUUCGACCCUACAAGGGAAAUUGGGUCCAACCCUUUGCUUGUUUUGCCUCUGAGAAUGCUGCAAGUGCCAUAAUUCUUCACGAAGUCAUCGUGAAAGCCAUUGUUUUGCUAUAUAAUCAUUCAGCCAUUGUAAAGAAUGUCGUGUGUGACGGCUGCUCAUCCAAUAAAUAAUAUGUAAAUUGAAACUGUUAAAUGUCUUUUGUUUUGAACACGAAGAGUCGCUGCCAUAUAUAAUUCUGCAAUAUGUUCACAUACGAUUUCAUACAGAGUCAAAACGAUUUCGUAAUUUUUACCUCUCCAAAGAAAGAACGCAGAUGAAAACGAAUAAAAAAAUGUCAAGAACUUCUAUUCACGCAAAAAAUACAUUGCCAAAACCAGAAGUUAACAUCAAUACAAAGGUUUAAACAAA